UGCGUGCGCGGGGACUGCGCGGCUUUUGCGCGGGGCAACGCGGGCCGUGCCGCCGGCGGCAGCACCAUGGAGAGCGGCGAGGCGCGGCGCCCGGACGCGGCCGCCUUCCUGGGAGCCUGGCGCCGCUUCGACGCCGACGACAACGGCUACAUCGAAGGGAAGGAGCUUGACAACUUUUUCCAUCACCUCCUGGAGAAACUGAGGCCAGACGACACCAUCACAGAAGAAGAAGUUCAGAGGAUGAAGGAGCAGUUCAUGUCUGCUUAUGAUGUUGCCGCAGAUGGCCGCUUGCAAAUCCAGGAGCUUGCAAAUAUGAUCUUGCCAGAUGAUGAAAACUUCCUGCUGCUUUUCCGACGGGAGACUCCCCUGGACAACAGUGUGGAGUUCAUGCGGAUCUGGCGCAGUUAUGAUGCUGAUAGCAGUGGAUUUAUUUCAGCUGGAGAGCUCAAAGAUUUCCUGCGAGAUCUCUUCUUGCAGCAUAACAAGGUGGUUGCUGAAGCAAAGCUGGAAGAGUAUACUGAUACAAUGAUGAAAAUCUUUGACAAAAACAAGGAUGGACGUCUGGACCUGAAUGACCUUGCAAGGAUUCUGGCCCUCCAGGAAAAUUUCCUUCUUCAAUUUAAAAUGGAUGCUUGCAGCACAGAGGAAAGGAGGAGAGAUUUUGAGAAAAUCUUUGCACACUACGAUGUUAGUAAAACGGGAGCACUUGAAGGCCCAGAAGUGGAUGGGUUUGUCAAAGACAUGAUGGAACUGGUCAAGCCCAGCAUCAGUGGGGUGGACCUGGACAAAUUCCGUCAGAUUCUGCUCAACCACUGCGAUGUGAACAGGGAUGGGAAAAUUCAAAAAUCAGAACUGGCCUUGUGUCUUGGGCUCAAAAUGAACCCAUAGCUGUGGUGGUGCUUGUGGCUGUGUUUCCCUAGUGAGGUUGCCUGCUGCUCCUGGUAGUGUGCCUGUGCUAUGUGAGCAAGUGGGUGGUGGACAGGGGGGCAUUUGUAUGAAGGGGCAGACAGUCUUAUCAGUGUAUGUAAAUACCUUGGAGAUCUCCAGAAGCCACCUGGCCAUGGACCUGGGCACCUUACUCAGGGUGACCCUGCUGGAGCAGGAGUUGGACCAAAUGCCCACAGAGGUCUCUGCCCACCUCAGUCGUUCUGUGAUUCUGUGACUGUGUGAUUCAGUGACAAGUGUUGAUGGGUGGUGUUCAAUAGGUGCCACUGCUUGUGGGUCCCCUCAGCACUGUCUCUGCCCACAAGCACACUAUUUGCUCAGAAAAAGGGCUGCUUGCCUACUCCUACCCCCGUGAAACAGUGAAACAGUGCCCUGCCCAUCUGCUAGAGCAGACACAAGCAUCUCCCUGUGUUGAUGCUCGUGGGCUGCUGCUGCUCAGUGAUUCUGAUGAUUGCCUUCUGUGUGAAGCCAUUACUUUGGUGAGUAUUGAGCUUUGUUUGUGCAGUUGAAAUAUUGGAUGGGUGUAUUUGUGCAGAAAUAAAAAAAAAUGGCAGUUACAGCAAAUCUGUAGGAUUGGAGUUUAUGUGUUACUCGUGGAAAGCCAUCUGCUGCAGACAGACAGACCAUAUAUGGUAGCCAUUUCAUAUAAAAACCAUCAAAUAGCAAGAGGCUUUAUGAUGCCUAUCAGCUGUGGUUUUUAAUUCUGUCAGCAAAUGAAACAUAGUAAAUUCUUUCCAUGGGGAAACCACACAUAACAUAAAUUAAUAUUGCCUGGAGGGUGAAGCCACAGAGAAACGUCACUUCUGGAGGAAGCCCUUCUUUUAAUCCAAACCGAAGUCAUAAACUAAGUUUCCAUAAAUUGAAAACUUGAAAGGACAGAAACCUAAUGAAAGAAAAGCUCACAAGCACAUGUGUAUUUUUUAAAAUCCAUAGGAGUUAGCAAAAUGAUGCAGGUUUUAUUGAACUUAAAGCCUCCCAUUACUCCCAGGCCAUUAAUGUCUUGAAGCUCAACGGCAUCACCAUCAUUUGUGCUAAUUACCUCCAUGUUCCAAAGUAUUUUACUGCACUUUCAGUAAGUGCCACACCUCCACUAUCAUGCCCAAGUAAUCCUUUCUUCAUUUCCAAAGAGGGAUUCUGAGGAACGUUUGUCAGCAAAGCUUCCACAUUUCAGCAUUUAUGUCUUCUGCAGGGGAGAGUCCCAUACUUGAUGCUACAAGUUUCUUUCCAGUUGUUCUCCGCACACAACAGUGUAAUGAAGCACUACUUCUAUAGUCUGCUUUAUAAAAACUAGUCAGAAAUUGCCUUCAGAGAACACAUAUAGAGAUGCUGAUUCAAUACAGCAGUAUAGAACAUUCACAACUUUUGGGCGAUGCUCAUUUUCCACUUACACCGAUGAUAAGUUCAUAGGCAAAGUGCUAAGUGCAUUUAAACACAGCACUGAACUAGGGCUUUAAGCUCCUAACCAGUUUUUUAUCUCAGCAACUCAAAUCACAGCUGCAAUAACAGCAGUUCUCAGUGGUUCAGAAAAACCUUGAGCAAGAGCUCCACAAGCCAUCAGGGAUGCACCUUUACUCCCUGAGUCUUGUAUUCCUCUGAGGAAAGAGCUGUGUUUAGAAGCACACAACAACAGAGAGGAAGCUAAAAGGAAAAAAUCCCAUGCACCACUGCUUAUCAGAUGUGUGUUAGCAGCAUCCUCAACAACUUGCUACGAAUUUGGUGGGUCACAUUACCAAACAUCCUUCUGUCCCACCUCAAAAGGGAUGCGACUUACCAGGUUAAACAACUAUGCCUUUAAGUAUGUUCUUCAUUUUCUCUCUCCUCUCCUCCCUUAUAUUGAUCUCAUCGUUAUUUCCAUUUUCUUGAACAACAGUUCGUAUUAAUUUAGACAGUGGAGCAAUUUCUGCACUAUCCCCUACAGUAUACCUCUGCUUGUAUGAUCCUUAUGUUAUCUACAUUUUUCAGUUAUAAAGGGUCCACUUUGCUUCACAUCUGUUUAAUCCCAUUUAUAUCAGUAGAACUAUUUCUCUCUUAUUAAAAUAUAAGUUGUAGAGUAUCCUGCCCUGCCUCAUCAAAAAUGUUGCAAAUUUUAAUCUAAGAAGAAAAGAGUCUCUAAAAGACUGUCUACAAGCACUGAAUGUUCAUGUAUACAACUCUGAAUGCUGAUGAAGACUAGUGUCACAACAGCUGUCACAACAGGAAAUGAAAAGCAUUUAAUCAGCUCAUCCACACAAAUCAGUGGGUUAUGACCAGUGAACUGUGUAUGGAGCUGAAUAUUGGCUUCAGUGCCUUGGAAAUGAUAGUGGCAACAUUGAAAUAUCGCAAAGUCUGCACCGGGCAUGUCCCAUGAAUGUUCACACAGGAAUAUUGCUGACAAAAAUGCAUAGCUAU